AAUGGUAUUAGCCCAUAAAAAAACUCAAAGUUGAUAAGAUUUUUCUUUGGUUCGGUUUUGGUCUAAAUCGGAAAAAACCGAACCAAAUUUCCCAGCCCUAGUUCUGCUUAAUGGGCUUGAUUGUUUUUCAAAUCAUGGGCUUUUGUGUCAUAAUCCAUCCCCUUCAGACGAAAAGGCGGGCAGGCCGGGCAGUAGCCACGAAAAGAUAAGACUGACCGUCUCAAAAUAUCCAAAACUCUCUCUCCUUCACAUUUUGCAGUCGACCAUCGUCGUCAUCGUCGAGGAAACGAAAAAAAGUUGCAGCGAGCAACCGCACUGUACCCACCCACUUUUAGUUCCCAUGGCGGCCGCCCAACUCUUCUUCUCUCCUCCUCUCCCCAACCCACAUCCGGCUCCCAACCACCGCCGCUGGGUACAGUCCUCCUCCAUUCUCAGCCGGCAAAACAGAGCAUCCGCCGGGAAAUUCAUAACCCGAGCCAACGGCGGGGACAUGCUGGGAGAUUUCGGGGCGAGAGACCCGUUUCCGGCGGAGGUAGAGAGCCGGUUCGGUGAGAAAGUUCUGGGAAACAUGGAUACGGAGCACAAGAUUCUGAUCCCCAACAUCUCCGCCAUGUCUCUGGCGCAGCAGGAGUGCUCCCCUGUUUCUCCCGUCCAGCCUCCCAUGUCGAAAGACGACGCCCAACGGCUGUUGAAGAAGGUUUUGGGGUGGAGAUUGUUGGAGGAGGAAGGUGGGCUGAAACUGCAGUGCUUGUGGAAGUUGAAGGAUUUCGGCUGUGGGAUUGAACUUAUCAACAGAAUUCACAGAGUGACGGAGGCUUCGGGCCAUUUCCCCAACUUGCAUUUGGAACACCCGAACCAAGUGAGGGCUGAGCUCUGGAGUAGAACCAUUGGUGGGUUGACUAUGAACGAUUUCAUCGUUGCUGCCAAGAUAGAUGCGAUUAAGACCUCCGAUCUCGCACCCAGGAAGCGGGUUUGGGCAUAAAGCUCAAUCUGCAAAUUUCAGACAUGAAAUCUUCAAUGUACUUUGUGUGCCAGUUUUGCUAAUGAUAUGGUUCGAUAAGUGGUACAAUCGAUUAAAGUUCAAUUCAUGUCGGUUUUAGCAAAACAUGUAGAGAAGUGGGAAAUCGUUAACGCUUAAUAAAUUCAGGCAUUACAUAAAAACAUAUUUGAAGACAAUCUCUCUAAAAUCUACAUUCAUAGUGGUAAUACCACUAGUUUUGAACCUCGAGAUUCUAAGUUCAAAUCUUGUAAGUAGUACCAAAUUACAAAAAGUAAACAUAUAUUAUCAUUAUCUAAAAAGUAUAUCCAUAUUUAAAUAAAAUAAAACAUUCCAA